GGCGGUGGAGGCGGCCGCGGUGGGGGCCGCGGUUCUCCCCUUCCCCCUGGGCGGCCCCUUCCCUCUCUUGGCGCGGCCGAUCCCGGGCGAGGGGCGGUGAGGGAGGGGAAACUUGUCUGAAACCACGUACAGGCCGCUCGGGGCGGCCCCGCUCUCCCCGGGCAGGGCCGUCCCCUUUCUCGGGCCUGUCUCGGGCAGGGCAGGUGCCGGGCAGGGCCGUGGAAGCGCCUCGGGGUGCUGGGCCGAAGCUUUUGUUCCUGCGGGCGAACUGCUGUGAUGAGAAGGUGACAGGUCACGGGAAAUAAUAACUACUAUGGAACCUUGGCAACCUUGUAGGUUUGGAAGGCUUAAAUCCAAGUUCAGAGAGGCCUUUUCCAGUCCUGAUGAUUUUCUGGCUGCGGCGCUUAAUUAGGAUGGUUUUUGAACAAAUUGGAUUGAACAUGGAAUCAGUGCUUUGGUCAAGUAAGCCUUAUGGUUCAUCUCGAAGUAUUGUAAGAAAAAUUGGUACUAACCUCUCUCUUAUACAGUGUCCAAGAGUUCACUUUCAGCUUAUUUCUCAUGUCACGGAAGGAAGCAGUCCUGCUCAGCUCAGAGAAGAUGCAGUGCCCUCCUUCGCUGAUGUGGGAUGGAUUGCUGAAGAAGAAGGCGAAGUCUUUACAAGGCUCAGGUCAGAAGUUCGCUCAAGAGCAGCCCAGCCUCUUCCCGAUGAAGCACAUCAUUUCAGGAGCUCCCCAAACAGACAAACGUCCUUGCAAAGCCCGUCAGGAGACGAACCAGUGCCCAGGAGCGCAGUGGUGGCAAACGAAGAAGCGCUGCAGAAGAUCAGUGCCCUAGAAAAUGAACUGGCCUCCUUAAGAGCACAAAUAGCCAAAAUUGUAACCUUGCAAGAACAGCAGUAUUUGACAGCAGUUGGGCCAAGUCCACUUGUUGCUUCAGCUGCUGUCCCUGUUCCACCUCCACCACCACCGCCGCCUCCUCUGCCUCCACCCCCUCCCUCAGGUCUGGAUCAGAGAAAGUCUGCAAUUGAUCUCAUUAAAGAGAGGAAAAACAAAAAAAUGAAUGCUGGCCAGAAUGUGAUGGAAAAUGGGCCAAAGAAGCCUGAAGUACCAAACAUGCUAGAAAUCCUCAAAGACAUGAACAGUGUGAAACUACGCUCAGUGAAAAGAUCCUUAGAAAAUACAAAACCUAAAGUAUCUCAGCCUGCAGAUCCUGCAGCAUUAAUAGCAGAAGCUCUCAAAAAGAAAUUUGCAUAUCGAUACCAAAAUGAUAGCCAAGGUGAAACAGAAAAAGUGAUUCCAAAGGCUGAAACAAAGACACAGACUGAGGUAGUUCUGUUUGGACCACACAUGCUGAAGUCUACAGGAAAAAUGAAGACUUUAAUUGAGAAAUCUUAGUGUUAAAGAUUAUUCUGCAAAAGACUUUUAAGCUGCUUUGUAUAAAAUAUUUUAUGUUGCAAAUAGCACUAGUAGUGAGAGGUCUCUUUCUUACAUCACAGAAAGACCUAAUGUGAAAUGUAGAAAUGAGGCACUAAACAUGUUUGUAUGUGUGUGAUUUAUCAAGGGGAAUAAAUUGGACCAUUAUACUCAGGUAUUAAUUUUGUAUUCAAGCUUGGCUUUCCACUCAGAUUAAUGUGAUGGGUUUAGUUUAUUAACACUAAGUUAUAUAUACAACAUUUUUUGUGCAUAACUGACCAGCUUAAAAAUUUGUGUACAUCUUAUUAAUGAUGGUGAUACAACCUUAAGUUAAUACCAGUUUUAUGUGAGGUCUACCUAUAAUUUGCACUACACUGUGUAAUUUGAUACUGAAAUCUUCAUGUUGAAGUCUUUCUUUUAAACUUUAGCAAAUUUUUAGCCCAAAGAAAAGCUGGAGGCACUCUGCUUCUUACUGAAACAAAGUGAAAACUUGAACCUGCUGCAGCGGUCACCUGUAUUUUACAGUAGUGGAGUUUUGUGUAGGGCUUUUUGUUUGUUUCACCUGAGCUUACAAGGGUAAGAGAGUAAAACCUGCUUGCAUCAUCCUGUGGCCAUUAUAAAGAGUAAAAUCAUGCUGUGGGAGCCUCUGGCAAAAGGUAGAGUCAAGGGAAUUUGAAAUAGUCAGUAGAUAGCAACAGAUUUAAAUAAUUAAGAGUAUGUGUUAAUUAGCAUAAAGUGCUGUAGGUAAGAAAACAAAGGUACAAAGUACUGUGGGGUGCAAAUUGCCAAAAGCUGCUCAUCUCUUCUGCUCUCAGAGAUGCUCAUGGACACCUCCCCAGCCUGGCUCCCGGGGUUUGUUUCUGGCAGAUGGGGCUUGCACAAGCUCUUUGCAGGAAAGAGAUGGGAUAAGCUGUUGCACAUAACCCAUAACCUGGGCCACAGGUGGAGAAAGGCUCUAGCUGAAAGUACAAGUCAGGGUGAAAAAAGCUGCAGUCAAGGUGCACUCUGAAACAAAGCCAUGGUUUGCUGUGACCAUGGAUGAGCAUUGCAAAAGCUGAGCCCUGGGUAUUUUUGGUGCUCUAAGCUGCUCCUGGCUACUGAGACAAGUACAACUGCCUCUGGGAGCUUCUGAUUCCUAGGAAAAGACACAAGCAGCAAGCACUUCCUUAACAGAGACAGCUGAAUGGCUCUGACAAGGUUAUGGAAGAUAGGGAAACUUUGCUGCUUAUAACUGGAAUGUUGGUUCUACAUAGAGGAGCUGUGAUUUCUGGUGUGGAACUUGAAAUGGUGUUCAUACAUACACAAUGUAAUUUCCAAAGUGCUCUGCCAUCAGUCCCACUGAUUAGUCAUUUAAUCCUCCGGUUCUUUUAAGUGCCUUUAAAACAUCUUUGUGAAAGUUAACUUUGGUUUUAAGUUUUGUAUUUUAUGCUCUAUUGCCACUAUAUAAAAUUAAAAGCAGAUAAAAUAAACAUGGCAUAUUUGAUUUGUGGUGCUCUACAACUGGUAGCAGGCACAAUAAUAUAAGUUUCCAUCCUGUUAGAGAGACAAUAAAUCAGUGUGGUGACAACUUGCAUCUCCUCCAGGGCUGGUUUGCUUGGCUUGCUGUGCAGCAGAGUCACAGCAGGGUUGGCUGUAAACCAAACCCCGCACUUUGCGUUCAGGUGCAUGCUGGUUAAACAAACAAAAAAGGGUUCUCAGGAGCCAAUUUAUGCUUCACCACAGCAAUAGCAGGAAGGGACUUGUUCAACAGCCUCUCCAUCCCCUGGUACACUCAGUUCCUCUUGCAGUCCAGUUAAAUCACUGACUUGUAAAAUUCAGGAUGUCACUUGACCUAUUAAACCAGGCUAAAGCAUGAGAAUCACCCACACCAGACACUGCCCAUCUGAACUGGGGGAUCCAGCACCAGAAAUUAGGUGAGCUUUAGCAGUGAUGUAAAACUACAGCAAAAGAAAUGUCAUCUGUGCAAGAAAAUAAAAUCACAAAGUUGCCAUCAAAUAACUUAUACUGUACCUUAAUUUGUAUCUUUUUACUUGGAAUUACACACAAUGCCACUGCCCACCAAAAUCCACCUCAAGUGCUCAAACUAAGGUCACCCAUGGAGGCUGGGCAGGGCUCUUGAACAUAACCAGAGGCCUGUUUGUGUCUGUCUGUGCACAGAACAGUGCUGGGAGCAGAUGUGUGAAUUGAACAGCUAGGGGAGUCUGGCCCCCUUCCCCAGCAGGGUUUUGGGCUCUUCAGGCUGUUAGGGGCCUGGGCUCUAGGUCCUGUGCCUAGAACAUGUGGACUCUCGGCGCUCAUAUGAAAUGCUGAAGCUGCAGUUAAAGUUUGGUGUAGAUUUGUAGAAAGGCACUUUCAGCCAGCAUGGAAAAGACAUUUUUUCUUUUUUUAAUUCAAGUUCAAUGACAGACACUUCCACAUGCGUUAGGAGGUAGAAUUAGAACCAGUCUGAUAGGAAAAGACAGAGACCACUUUCCAGGAAGGAUGGCUUAGAACAAAGCUACUUCUAUUUUACACUUUGGCAAGUUCUUCUGGGUCCUGUCAGAGCAAAGGACAGCAAGUUUGCACAACGUUAAAAAUCACACGCUCUUUAUAAAUACUACAUUGAAAUACUGUACCUAAUUUUUAAAUUAUUAACCUUAAUUUUCAUUAAAAUUACAUAUUAACAUGUGCCUGUAACACAUAGCAAAACUUAAAAUGCAGUUGAUGCUCUUUAAGCCAAGUUCAUUUUUUACAAACAUGUCACAGAAGGCAUCAUCAGAUACUGAUUUUAGUGGUCAUUUUGAAUAUAGCUGCAGGCUUGGCAUGUUUUGUGCAAAAAAGUCCAAGAGGAAUCGGUACUUUUCCACAUUUAACCCAGGUAAGUGUUGCUCUGUAGGAAGCUUCUCUCAGUUUCUCUGUACUAAGCUACACACAGUUGUUACCUCUGUGUUCUCCCAGCUUUAAACACCAUUUCAAAGGCAAACUGUUAAAAAUGUAAUUUCCAGGAGAGAAGAGCCAACCAGAGCUCAUUGUCCCAUUGAUCCUUCUUUGUUGGAGUCAACGUCAAGAACUUGCACUGACAGCAAAGGAAGGAAGGUCACGCAGGCUCAAAAGAAUGGUUUCAUUAGAAAUUUAUUUCUUUAAACAUGGCCACUUUGAGAUUAAUGAUACUACUUCAGGGAACAUGAAAGAAUAAUAAACAGAUUUAGAAGGGAAACAAUCAGGUAAGUCAGGAUUUGCUUUUCAAACAGUAAAAGGCCAAGCUCCAAGAGGCAAUAAAUUUUGGCAUAUGAGGACUAGUACUUUCAAAUCCAAAAGUUGGCUUAGUUUUACAGUGGAAGCUGACUGCAACCUUAGCUACCUUUCCACAACGCUGGACUCAGUCAUAACUUAAAUGUACAGGAGCAUAAUGUGAAAAGAUUUUGUUUUAUUAAUUAAAAGUUAACAGCAACAGGCACAUAUUAAAAUGAAUAUGGCAAAGCCUUUACAAAUGGCUUUACGCUGAAGCUCUCUUCCAAAAAUGGCUGUUGCAACAAACUGUAAACAGAAUAAUAAACAGUCUUUUACAAUAAUAACAGGGAAAUACAAAUGAACUAAAAGAAAGCACCAGUUUCUCAAACUAGAUUACAGUUGUGCUUACUGUACUUAAAACAAUGUAAAACAAAUUACAAAAAUGGAAUGUUUUAAGUUUAAAAUUAGUCCUUUAAUUUUGUCCUAAAAAACAUUUUCUCCUUUUCCCAUCAAAAACCCAUCAGUGGGUAAUGUUUCAGUAGAGGGAGGAAUACGUAAACAAUGCACUUUUUUUUUAUUAUUUUUUUUCAAAUCAAAAACAAAUUUGGUCACUUAGCUUUGUGCAUAGUUUAAGGCAUCUGUAGCAAUUUGUUACAGUUUCCUCCCCAGUGUGGCUGUUCAUGAAAUUGUCACAUUCUAAAAGAAUAAAUUAAAAGAAAAAAAAAAAAAAA